AUGGAGUGUCCUGCACAGCUUUUGCACGCUCGAAUGAUCAGAUUUUCUGGACUGUUUCUUAAACUCUACAUCAAGUCCAUGUUCCAAACCUCCUAUCCAGAUGUCGCUCGAUUCUUAUCUCAGCGAACGUAUGCGUUGACCUGCCCUAUACCUUCUUUCGUCCCACUCUACGGACUCCGUACCAAGCACUUAACUGUCCUCGACAUCGAAGUCUACAAUGAUCACCCGUACCAUCUGCAAGCUCUCGUGCCCUUUUGGACACUGUUUUCUCCCUUGACAACCUUGAAAAUUGCCAUCCUGAGAUUUCAUGCAGUCUGCGAUGUGAUGCCUCCAGUGCCAUACGCCAAGACAUUGUUCUGCGAAGACGCAUAUGAGAUCCCGAUUGGUCUAUUCAAAGAUCUUGCUGAAAACCACACGCGACUUGAGGAGGGCGAUCUGGCUGACUUUCCAUACGGAAUUGAUGAUGAACCUUGGGAGUUCCUCAAAUCCAAAAUAGAUAUUGUUCCCGACAGCGACGGCGAGUAUCUGACCCCGACAUCGGCUAUGCUCCAAGAUUUGAACGGCAAUGCAUCGCGUGAGGAAAUAUAUCAAUAUCACAAGAAAUUGUGGUUACGAGCUAGCACCAUCGAGAAUGAAGAACCAAUAUUCGAAAGGAUCGAGCGCCACGAACCAAACCUCAGUCGCUUUUUUCAAAAUUGCGGUUCUAUAUCUCCAAGCGUCAAUGAUCCAAAUGGCAAUACUUCAGGAGAUUCUCAGGGCGCGAGAAGAUCAUGUUGGAUUCAAGUCCGGAGAAAACUGUUGCUUUGUUAUUUUGGUUCGGACGCAGAAUUCGGGCGGAACGGACAUUAA